AUGGCUGAGAAAAUCUCUUUUUUAGAAAGUUACCUGAACUGUCACGUGUGUUCAGAGACUUUCAGAGAUCCUGUGUCUCUGAGCUGCAACCACAGCUUCUGUUCAAGCUGUCUGCAGAAAUUCUGGGAACAAAGUAAGAACAAAAACUGUCCCAUCUGUAAGAGGAAAUCUUCAAAAGAUAAUCCAAUAGUGAACUUUGCACUGAAGGAGCUGGCUGACUCGUUUGCUGGGAGACUGAGAGUUGGAUCAUCUGAGGAAGAAAAAAAAGAAAAGAAGGUGGAGGUGGUGUGUAGUAAACAUGACAAGGAGCCUGAAUUAUUCUGUAAAGAUGAAGAUCGAGCUGUGUGUCCUGUCUGUGAGUUUUCUCUCCACCAGACUCACACUGUGGUUCCUGUAGAAAAAGCAGUCAGAGAUCUGAAGGAGCAGCUGAAAUCUGACUUAAAGUCUCUCCAGGACAAGAGGAACAAACACAAACAAGUGGAGAAAACAUACAAUGAAGUGAUUCAACACUCCAAGAAGCAGCUGCUGUCCACAGAGAGACAGAUCAGAGCAGAGUUUAACAAGCUCCACCAGAUCCUGAAAGAGGAAGAGGAGUCCAGAUUGGAGGCUCUGUGGGAGGAGGACAUGCAGAAGGAGAAGACUAUCAUCAGAGAGAUGAAGAGGAUUCAGGAGCAGAUCUCCUCUCUGUCAGACAGUAUCUGUGCUGUUGAAGAAGAGCUGCAGAAACACAACGCGGCCUUCCUCAGCAGUUAUAAAGUCACUCAGAGCAGAGCCAGAGUCCUGAACUCAGAGUCAGAUCCACAGCUGGUCUCAGGAGUGCUGAUAGAUGUGGCCAAACACCUGGGUAACCUGUCCUUCAGAGUCUGGGAGAAGAUGAAGGAGAGGGUCCACUUCAGUCCAGUCAUUCUGGAUCCAAACACUGCAAACAGCUGUCUCUAUCUGUCUGAUGAUCUGACCAGUGUGAGACGAGGAGACAGAAAACAGCAGCUUCCUGAUAAUCCAGAGAGACACACCAAAUAUCCUACUAUUCUUGGCUUUAAGGGCUUCAGCUCAGGGAAACACAGCUGGGAGGUGGAGGUGGGAGACCAUCCAGAAUGGAAUGUGGGUUUGGCUAAAGGGUCAGUUGACAGAAAAGGGGAGAGGUAAUUGCUUCACCAGAAUAUGGAGUCUGGUGUUUAUUACACCGCAGUGGAAAAUACACAAAUGGUCUUGGUGAGAGUGUCCAAGUGAAGAAGAGUCUCCAGAGGAUCAGAGUCCAGCUGGACUAUGACAGAGGGGAGGUGUCCUUCUAUGUCCCUGAAGACAGGACUCACAUCUACACUCACAGAGACACUUUCACUGAGACUGUUUUCCCUUAUUUCAAUAUUGGAGAGUCUGGAGAUGCUAAAACUUCUGAAGUCAAAAUCAGUCAAAGUGAGAUUUCUCUGUCAUGUUCAGGACGAUGA